UCGAUUUCCCCCCUUUUUCUUUUUCUUUAUCUUUUUUGCAGUGUCUGCUUUUAGUUUUAGGCAUUUGGUUGGUUCAGUGCUUAAUUCUUGUUCUUAAGAUCAUGUUAAACAAUAAACCUUAACAUUUUUGACUAAUCAAACAAUACCAUUCCUAUCAUUAACUUUCACCUGCAAUUUCAUGCUACUCUUUCUUGCCGUAUUUCUCCCUCCAAGAUUUCAUCUUUGUCUCUUUCUUUUCCGGGUUUUCCUCAAAAUAGGAAAAAUAUUUGUCCUUGGGUGAAAUACAUUUGAUCUUCUUCCCCCCACUCCCCCUCCAUUUUUUAUCUCUUACAAAUCCCAGAUUGUUUCUAUUUAUGAUUAGGCACCCAUCUUUGUGGAUGUCAAAAUCUACUGAACCUGAGAGAUGGAUCUGAACCUAAUACAUAUAAAUUCAAGAUCCGUAUUUUUUAACCCUUUUGGCCAUAUCUAGCAAACCCAAUUUUACGGUUCAAGCAAUUGUAUUGCUCCCAUGAAGAGGUCGUUUAGACCUUUGAUAAGCAUUUUAAUGCUUGUUGCAUUAGCUGCAACAUUAAGCUGUCGGAUUGCCAUCCGCGGGGGCAGCGGUGGUGGAUUUGCUGUUUCAGCUGAAUUGGAGACCACCAGGUCCAGCGUCCUAAUCCAACCCCCACCAAUCCAAAAUUUUAACUCAACUUUGCUCAAGUUUGCAGCGGUUGAUACAGGUGAAGCAAAAUCCAAGCUUGAAAUAGAGCAGCUGCUGGAAGGGAACUUUGCGAGUCAAGGAAGGUAUAGGACUUUUGCAACAUGGAGGAGGUUCAAUCAUCAUGAUGUCAAAGCUAGGAAUUCUAAUGGGAUGCCGGUAAUGCUCAGGUCCCCUAAAUUUUAUCGGUAUUGGUUAGAUUUUAGGAGGAACUUACAGAAUUGGGCUAGAAAAAGAAUGUUCCAACCUGAUAUUAUGAUGGAUUUAGUUACACUAGUAAAGGUUCCUAUUGAUAGCCACAAUGGUUUAAUGAGUUCGGAUAACAAGUAUAAAUCUUGUGCUGUUGUGGGGAAUAGUGGGAUUUUACUGAAUACUGAUCACGGAAAGUUCAUUGAUGGUCAUGAGGCCGUGAUUAGAUUGAACAAUGCUAGGACUGAGAGGUUCGAAAAGAAUGUGGGGUCAAAAACCAGCAUUUCUUUUGUAAAUAGCAAUAUACUGCAUCUUUGUGCUAGGAGGGAUGGAUGUUUUUGUCACCCUUAUGGAGGGAAUGUUCCUAUGGUUAUGUAUAUCUGCCAACCGGUUCAUUUCAUGGACUAUUUGGUAUGCAAUUCGUCUCACAAGGCACCUUUGUUGAUUACAGAUCCGCGUUUUGAUAUGUUGUGUUCUAGGAUUGUGAAGUACUAUUCAGCGAAACGGUUUGUGGAGGAUACAGGGAAGGCAUUGAGUGAAUGGGGGUCUACUCAUGAUGGUUCCAUGUUCCACUAUUCCUCUGGUAUGCAAGCUGUUAUGUUAGCCUUGGGAAUUUGUGACAAAGUUAGUAUAUUUGGCUUUGGCAAAUCGACUUUGGCGAAGCACCAUUAUCAUACUAACCAGAAGGCUGAGCUCCGGUUACAUGAUUAUGAGGCGGAAUAUGCAUUUUAUCAUGAUCUGGUGAAGAAUCCACGGGCAAUACCAUUCAUUUCGGACAAAUUCAGGUUCCCUCCUGUGGUAUUCUAUCAAUGAUUUUGGCUGAUUGGUUUCUUUUUUAAUUUUAUUUUGUCCUUGUUUUGUUGGUCAAGAUUAAAUCAGUGUGUUCGAUGGUGUAUCAGUAAUUCUGUAGUGGAUAGUCAAAAGAAAACACAUGCUGAAGAUCUGUGUUUCAUAUUCUGGACCUGCACUGUCGAAGAUGGUUUAGGGUAAUAGGAAAUGUAAAAUUGGAAACUAAGAAUAUGAAGUAAGAUAUGGAUUCUUCAUAUGCUUUUUGUUGAACUUUUGAGAUUCUGUUCUUUCUGGUGCAAUGUUUGGGGAUUCAAGAGUAAGUCCCUAUAAGGUAUUGUAAGCUUCUAGAAAUUCAAACUCAUUCAUCUAGCUUAUAGAUCAAUUAGCAUUUGUUUUGCUGUGUGUAUUCGGAUUUGGGUUUUGAAUUAGUGGGUUGGGUCCUCCUUAGACAAAUGGGUCCAACAAGGGGCUGGCUUAGACACCUUCAUUAAUUGUGUACAUACAUAUCAUAAAUAACGUGGUCAUACAUUAUUCUACUAAAAUUGGAAUAUGAUUGUUAUGCUUUGUGCUAA